AUGCCCCCGAAGAAGCCCACCGGUAAGAAGCCCGCCGCCGCACCCUUUGGCGCCAGCAAGUCGACCAAGGCGGUCAAGAACCCCCUCUUCGAGUCGCGCCCCAAGAACUUCUCCAUUGGCGGCGACAUCCAGCCCAAGACUGACCUGACCCGCUUUGUCAAGUGGCCGGAGUACGUUCGCCUUCAGCGCCAGAAGGUCAUCCUCUCCCAGCGCCUCAAGGUGCCCCCGGCCAUCGCCCAGUUCUCCCACACUCUGGACAAGAACACGGCCACCCAGCUCUUCAAGCUCCUCGACAAGUACCGCCCCGAGACGAAGCAGGAGAAGAAGGCCCGCCUCGACGCCACCGCCAAGGAGACGGCCGAGGGCAAGACCCAAAAGGACACCAAGAAGCCUAUCUUCGCCAAGUACGGCUUGAACCACUGUGUCGCCCUCAUUGAGGCCAAGAAGGCCGCUCUCGUCGUCAUUGCCCACGAUGUCGACCCCAUCGAGCUCGUCGUCUUCCUCCCCGCUCUUUGCCGCAAGAUGGGCGUCCCCUACGUCAUCGUCAAGGGCAAGGCCCGUCUCGGUACGGUCGUCCACAAGAAGACCGCUGCCGUCCUCACCAUCCAGGAGGUCCGCUCGGAGGACGAGCGUGAGCUCGCAACCCUCGUCCAGGCCGCCAAGGCCAACUUCUCCGACAAGUACGAGGCUGCUCGUCGUGAGUGGGGUGGAGGUCUUCGCGGCGCUAAGUCGACCGCCAUGCUCCGCAAGCGUGCCAAGGCCGCCGGCCAGAGCACCGCCAAUGUUGGCAAGCUCUAA